AACAAAAUGAUAAGGUGUACUGCAGCUUAACUGGACACCACCAACUCAAAUAUCUCUCUAUGUGGCUACAAAAUCAAACUCAAACUUCAUGAUUCUCAAUUCUCAUUCCUUCUCCUUUCCCUUAACCCUUCCCCUUCAUAAAUCAUCAAAACCAUUUCUUCUUUCUCUGAAACUGAGAAGAAAACCCUUAUCAACCAUGGAUUCAACCUCUUCCACCAUCGACGAUGAAGUAGCCGUUGAUCUAACCCCAGUUCUUAAACUAUACAAAAGUGGUCGUGUUCAGAGACUUGCAGGUACAGAAGUUCUUCCUCCAUCUCUUGAUCCCAAAACCAACGUUGAAUCAAAAGAUGUUGUUAUCUCCGAAGAACAUAACAUCUCAGCUAGACUUUUCAUUCCAAAAACCAAUUACCCACCAACCCAAAAACUCCCUCUUCUUGUUUACAUCCAUGGUGGUGCUUUCUGCAUUGAAACUCCUUUUUCACCAAACUACCAUAACUACCUCAACUCUGUUACUUCACUUGCUAACGUUAUUGGUGUCUCUGUUCAUUACAGAAGAGCACCGGAACAUCCUGUUCCCACGGGUCAUGAAGAUUCAUGGCUUGCACUCAAAUGGGUUGCUUCACAUGUUGGUGGAAAUGGUUCUGAUGAAUGGUUGAAUCAAUAUGCAGAUUUUGAGAAAGUUUUCUUAGGAGGUGAUAGUGCUGGGGCUAAUAUUGCACACCAUUUAAGUAUUCGGGUCGGGAAGGAAAAUUUGGAUGGUGUAAAACUUGAAGGGAGUUUUUAUAUUCAUCCUUAUUUUUGGGGUGUGGAUCGGAUUGGAUCAGAACUGAAACAAGCUGAAUAUAUUGAAAAGAUUCAUAAUUUAUGGCGUUUUGCAUGUCCAACUACGAAUGGAUCGGAUGACCCGUUGAUUAACCCGGCUAAUGAUCCGGAUUUGGGGAAGUUGGGUUGUAAGAGAUUGCUUAUUUGUGUUGCUGGGCAAGAUAUUUUGAAGGAUAGGGGUUGGUAUUAUAAGGAAUUGCUUGAGAAAAGUGGUUGGGGUGGUGUUGUUGAAGUGAUUGAAACAGAGGAUGAGAAUCAUGUGUUUCAUAUGUUCAAACCAACCUGUGACAAUGCUGCGGUUUUGCUUAACCAAGUUGUUUCCUUCAUCAAAGGUGCUUGAAGAUAUCAAUGUGGAAGUGUGAUAGUGUAUCAUGUUUCACUUGUUUUGUUUUUUGGGUAUGGAUUCCUUUCUGCUAUGUCUAGUGAUAGAUAGAUAUGAGGAUCCAGUUAAGGAAAAUAAAAAUUAUGAGCAUGUUUAUUUUUUUAAGUUUUUAUCCUCUUUUUUCUUUUGGUGAAUUAAAGGGGUCUAAAUGUUGACUUAUGACUUUGGAAUUAAUUAAUAUAUACCGAUGAUGUUAUAUGAA